CCGGAUUGGAUUGCAGUGGCACCGAUCACGGCUCACCACAGCCUCAACUUCCAGGACGCAGGCAAUCCUCCCACCUCAGCCUCCAGAAUAGCUGGGUCUGCAGGUUUAUGGCCACAAAUGAUUUGAUGACGGAGCUGCAGAAAGAUUCCAUCAAGCUGGAUGAUGACAGUGAAAGGAAGGUGGUGAAGAUGAUCUUGAAGCUGCUGGAAGAUAAAAACGGGGAGGUGCAGAACCUGGCUGUGAAGUGUCUUGGUCCUUUGGUGAGUAAAGUGAAAGAGUACCAAGUAGAGACGAUUGUCGACACCCUCUGCACCAACAUGCUUUCUGAUAAGGAGCAGCUUCGAGACAUUUCAAGCAUUGGUCUUAAAACAGUAAUUGGAGAGCUCCCUCCAGCUUCCAGUGGCUCUGCAUUAGCUGCUAAUGUAUGUAAAAAGAUUACUGGGCGUCUUACCAGUGCAAUAGCAAAACAGGAAGAUGUCUCCGUACAACUGGAAGCCUUGGAUAUCAUGGCUGAUAUGUUGAGCAGGCAAGGAGGACUUCUUGUUAAUUUCCAUCCUUCAAUUCUGACCUGUCUGCUUCCCCAGUUGACCAGCCCUAGACUUGCAGUGAGGAAAAGAACCAUUAUCGCUCUUGGCCAUCUGGUUAUGAGCUGUGGAAAUAUAGUUUUUGUAGAUCUUAUUGAACAUCUGCUGUCAGAGUUGUCCAAAAAUGAUUCCAUGUCAACAACAAGAACCUAUAUACAGUGUAUUGCUGCUAUUAGUAGACAAGCUGGUCAUAGAAUAGGUGAAUACCUUGAGAAGAUAAUUCCUUUGGUGGUAAAGUUUUGUAAUGUUGAUGAUGAUGAAUUAAGAGAGUACUGCAUUCAAGCCUUUGAAUCAUUUGUAAGAAGAUGUCCUAAGGAAGUGUAUCCUCACGUAUCUACCAUUAUCAAUAUAUGUCUUAAAUAUCUCACCUAUGAUCCAAAUUACAAUUAUGAUGAUGAAGAUGAAGAUGAGAAUGCAAUGGAUGCUGACGGUGCUGACGACGACGAUCAAGGUAGCGAUGAUGAAUACAGUGACGAUGAUGACAUGAGCUGGAAAGUGAGACGCGCAGCUGCCAAGUGCUUGGACGCUGUGGUUAGCACCAGGCAUGAGAUGCUUCCAGAAUUCUACAAGACCGUCUCUCCUGCACUGAUAUCCCGAUUUAAAGAGCGCGAAGAGAAUGUCAAGGCAGAUGUCUUUCACGCAUACCUUUCUCUUUUGAAGCAAACUCGUCCUGUGCAGAGUUGGCUGUGUGACCCUGAUGCCAUGGAGCAGGGAGAGACGCCUUUGACGAUGCUGCAGAGCCAGGUUCCCAACAUCGUUAAAGCUCUGCACAAACAGAUGAAAGAAAAAAGCGUGAAGACUCGACAGUGUUGUUUUAACAUGUUAACUGAACUGGUAAACGUGUUACCUGGAGCCCUGACGCAGCACAUUCCUGUACUUGUACCAGGAAUUAUUUUCUCACUGAAUGAUAAAUCGAGCUCCUCGAACCUGAAGAUUGAUGCCCUCUCUUGUCUCUAUGUGAUCCUUUGUAACCACUCUCCUCAGGCCUUCCACCCUCACGUCCAGGCCCUGGUUCCUCCCGUGGUGGCCUGUGUCGGAGACCCCUUUUACAAGAUUACGUCGGAAGCUCUCCUUGUGACUCAGCAGCUCGUCAAGGUGAUUCGCCCUUUGGAUCAGCCUUCCUCAUUUGAUGCAACUCCUUACAUCAAGGAUCUCUUUACCUGCACCAUCAAGAGAUUAAAAGCAGCUGACAUUGACCAGGAAGUCAAGGAAAGGGCUAUUUCCUGCAUGGGACAGAUUAUUUGCAGCCUUGGAGACAACUUGGGCUCUGAUUUGCCUAAUACGCUUCAGAUUUUCUUGGAGAGACUAAAGAAUGAAAUCACCCGGCUAACGACGGUGAAGGCGUUGACGCUGAUUGCUGGGUCACCUCUGAAGAUAGACUUGAGACCUGUCCUGGGAGAAGGGGUUCCCAUCCUGGCUUCGUUCCUCCGAAAAAACCAGCGAGCUCUGAAACUGGGCACCCUCUCUGCCCUGGAUAUCCUCAUAAAGAACUACAGUGACAGCUUGACAGCCGCCAUGAUCGACGCGGUUCUGGAUGAGCUCCCGCCACUCAUCAGUGAGAGCGACAUGCAUGUCUCCCAGAUGGCCAUCAGCUUCCUCACCACCCUGGCGAAGGUGUAUCCCUCCUCCCUCUCAAAGAUAAGUGGAUCCAUUCUCAACGAGCUGAUCGGACUCGUGCGGUCACCCUUAUUGCAGGGGGGUGCCCUCAGUGCCAUGCUGGACUUCUUCCAAGCCCUGGUCGUCACAGGAACAAACAGUCUCGGGUACAUGGACUUGCUGCGCAUGCUGACUGGCCCGGUCUACUCACAGAGCACAGCCCUCACUCAUAAGCAGUCUUACUACUCCAUUGCCAAGUGCGUGGCGGCACUCACUCGAGCAUGCCCCAAGGAGGGCCCCGCUGUGGUAGGUCAGUUUAUUCAAGAUGUCAAGAACUCGAGGUCCACAGAUUCUAUUCGUCUCUUAGCUCUGCUUUCUCUUGGAGAAGUUGGGCACCAUAUUGACUUAAGUGGGCAGUUGGAACUCAAAUCUGUGAUCUUGGAAGCCUUCUCAUCUCCUAGUGAAGAAGUGAAGUCAGCUGCAUCCUAUGCGUUAGGCAGCAUUAGCGUAGGCAACCUUCCGGAGUAUCUGCCGUUCGUCCUGCAAGAGAUAACCAGUCAGCCCAAAAGGCAGUAUCUUCUGCUUCACUCCUUGAAGGAAAUUAUUAGCUCUGCAUCAGUGUUGGGCCUUAAACCGUAUGUUGAAAACAUCUGGGCCUUAUUACUAAAGCACUGUGAGUGUGCAGAAGAAGGAACCAGAAAUGUUGUUGCUGAAUGUCUGGGAAAACUCACUCUAAUUGAUCCAGAAACUCUUCUCCCAAGGCUUAAGGGAUACUUGAUAUCGGGCUCUUCCUAUGCCCGGAGCUCAGUGGUUACAGCUGUGAAGUUCACAAUUUCUGACCACCCACAGCCUAUUGACCCACUGUUAAAGAACUGCAUAGGUGAUUUCCUAAAGACUUUGGAAGACCCAGAUUUGAAUGUUAGAAGAGUAGCCUUGGUCACGUUCAACUCCGCAGCACAUAACAAGCCAUCGUUGAUACGGGAUCUGCUGGAUACUGUUCUGCCACAUCUUUACAAUGAAACCAAAGUCAGAAAAGAGCUUAUAAGAGAGGUAGAAAUGGGUCCAUUUAAACAUACGGUUGAUGACGGUCUGGAUAUUAGAAAGGCAGCUUUUGAGUGUAUGUACACACUUCUAGACAGUUGUCUUGAUAGGCUAGAUAUCUUCGAAUUUCUAAAUCAUGUUGAAGAUGGUUUGAAGGACCAUUAUGAUAUUAAGAUGCUGACAUUUUUAAUGUUGGUGAGACUGUCCACCCUUUGUCCAAGUGCAGUACUGCAGAGGUUGGACCGACUUGUUGAACCAUUGCGUGCCACCUGUACCACCAAGGUGAAGGCAAACUCUGUCAAGCAGGAGUUUGAAAAGCAGGACGAAUUAAAGCGCUCCGCCAUGAGAGCUGUGGCGGCCCUGCUCACCAUUCCAGAGGCAGAGAAGAGCCCGCUGAUGAGUGAAUUCCAGUCUCAGAUCAGUUCCAACCCUGAGCUGGCCGCCAUCUUUGAGAGUAUCCAGAAGGAUUCGUCGUCCACUAACUUGGAAUCCAUGGACACUAGUUAGAUGCUUGUUCAGUCGGGGACCAUUGCGUGUGACCAUACGAUGCACUGAAUUGACAGGUUAACGAUCGUAAGACAUGGAAAGAGAAGUGUCUAAAAGCUCCAAAAUAUUCCACUUUUUUCCUUCAUGGAGACAGUCUGUUCGGCUUUCUUCCUUUGUUGUUUUGUAGCAUUUAUUUCAGAAAUGUGUAUUCCCAUAAUCCAGAGGUUGUGAAACCACUAAUGUUCUAGUGGUUAGGGCAACAUUUUAAAUGGAAACUGAAAGUUAGGAUUCAUGGAGUGUGGAGAAAGGGUCCAGUAUCUAUUUUACCCUGUAAUGUUUAGGAUUAAAAUGUUAAAAUUUUGUGACCAUGAAUUUCUUUCUUUUACAAAAUUUUCUCAUUUAAAAAUCAAAAAUUCUUAAGACAAAAACCAUGUUUAUUUUUCUUGUUUAACUUUUUGUUUCAGCAACAUAAAUUGAUUUUUAGCUGGCAGAGAAGAAUAUCCAUAGAAGAUCUGUUACAUGUUAGAGGAUUUGGAAGUUUAGAAAGAGAUAAUAAGGUGUCAUUUUUAAAGUCUGGGGGUGAACAAUAAUAUCCCUGUUGCGCACACUAAUUUUGCAUGAGCAAGUUUACAAAAUAUGUAUUGUCUGUAAAGCAGCAUGUGCAGAUUAUUCAUAAUACAGAAGUUAAAAUUAAGUAUCACUAGUGCAAUUUUCAGAUAUUUAUUUUUGCACAGAAAACACAUAUCUGGAGAGAGAGAGGGGAGUAAAUUUUCAAAACUUCGGUUUUCUUAAUGCCAGUGUGAAUUUGCAGAUGUUUCAGCAAAUCAAGUCACAUAACAAUUUGCCACUUUUUUCUAGUAUAAAUUUUCUUACACAUUUAAGGUUUGAAUAUUUAAGUAAUCAGUUUUUCUCAGUUACCAGCUUGUGUGCGUGUGUUUCCACUUAGAACUCUUAAAGCCCGAUUUUUCUUUCAUUUCCUUUGGAUGUCUCCAUUCCUUAUCAAAGGGUACAAGUACUGUGUAUGCUUUUGAAUUUUAGUUUUAGGAAAAGUCGAAGCCGCUGUCACGGGUGUGUUAGCUGAUGAUUGUUUUCUUUUAGUUGAGCUUGAUUUGUCCCCGCCUCUUGUAGAGCUAAUUUACAUACUGCAUUUGGUGUUAACCAUUUUUCCUGUUUAGGGGGUCUCUGCUGGGGGAGCAAAGCUUUUGCAGUACCUUUCAUUGUAGUCCAACGUUUAUUCCACAUGCCCUUCAGUGAACUCAUUUCACGCUGUAGCCUCUUCCUUCAAAUUUGUGGUGCUCCUGUAACAGUAAGAACUAACUUCUGAAUAAAAGACAUCUCCUAAGGCUGUGCAAAUAUAGUUUACAUGUAUUGAAGGAGGCAGUUGUUAAAGGAGUGGCCAUUUUUAAGCAAUCAGAUAUUUGAAAACUGCACCCUUUAUUUUUGAAACUGUGAAUUAGAAACACUUUUCCUGCUGUAUCACUUACCUGCUUUAACAUCCAGUGCAGUGAUUUUAAUGGAUAACAUCCUGGGGUUGUUGGAGUAACAGCUUGAUUUCAGGUGUUCAGAUGAAAUGCAGAAGACGUCGCAGCCAGUACAGACUCGGACUGGACAUUGACACGGAACGUUACAUAAAGUUAGUGCCAUCUCAGAAUGUGGCAGGUGAUCGAUCAUCUUCUACCGUGAUUUGCAUAAAACUGUAAUAGAACUUUAUUUUGAGAUGUUAGUGUAUUAUGUACUAUGCAUUACCGUGGUAUAGAUGUCGUGGAUAUAUUUAAGUAUUUGGUUACAUGGUUUCACAAUAAACUACAAUACUGCAGGCUCUAGGACUGGACUGAAUAGGAGACUGACAUGCA